CGCUGCUGCGGGCGAUUCCUAGACUUGUGCCAGUGGUGAGAAAGGCGCGGAGGCGCAUCAUCAUGGAGGCCUCUUUGGUAGCGUUUGCUGAGGUGGAGGCCAUGCUGCUGAAGCUGCGUCGGCAGGCUGCCAAGCUGCUGCGCAGCAAGACGGAGGCAGAAGUGGUUCAGCAGCUGCAGGAUGCACUUAAUGUUCUGCAAGGGGUGCGCAGCUUCUCAGAGAAAAGCCCAGGGCCGAGCUAUGAAGAGACGCACUAUGUCAGCAUGUCGGAAAAGAGGGGGGUCAAGAAGAGGAGGCUUGCCUGUGCUGCAGAUGGCUGCACAGAGUUACCCACCUAUGGCUGGCCCAUCUGGAAACCAGAGACGUGCCCUGCGCACGCCACCGUAGGAAUGGAAGAGUACGUCCCCAAGAAGCGGUGUGGGAAGGGCCUCCUUUGCACAAAGCAUUCAAGCUUUGGGUGGCCAGGGCACAUGCAGACCUGCUGCAAGAUCCACGCCGCUCCUGGCAUGGAGAACGUCAUCUCGAAACGCUGCACCACUGAUGGUUGCGCCAAGCGGCCCGUGUUUGGUUGGGAGAAGCUCAAGCCCGUCAAGUGCAAGGCGCAUGCCGAGCCUGACAUGAGGGACGUCAUGCACAGCCUGUGCGAGGAGGAGACUUGCUCCCGGCGGCCGUCGUUUGGGCGCGCUGGCGAUCUGCGGCCUUCGCGCUGCAAGAUCCACGCGGAGCCGGGCAUGGAGGACAUCGUGACCAAACGCUGCAACUUCGGCGACUGCUACCGAGCUCCCGAAUUUGCCUUUGGGAGGGACUGCGCGCAGCGGUGCGAGCUGCACAAAGAAGAGGGGAUGGUUCGGAAACGGAAGGCGAGCGGGGCUGCCGCGAAGAAGGAUCCGGGGACCGCCAAGAAACAGAGAUCGGGGGCCGUAGCGCAACCGCAAGAGGCGCUUGAGAUGGGAGAGGAUGCAGAUUUCGCGGGUCCACUGGAGUUGAACGAAGUAGCUGAUGGGGUGACAAUGUAAAAUGUACAGCGUUCGGUUAUACUUGGGUGUUUGGUGCCCAUUCGGGGACUGGUUGCGCUUGCGAGGGGUUGAGUCCGCUAGGCGUCACCUCCGCUGCAGGUUUUGAAAGUUCCUCAGACGAUGCAGCUUGUAGAAGGUUAUGCUCCGCAUCAGCGGAGCAGGCUCCUGGGGACGGUCACAGGCGUCCAGACCCCAAUUGUUCUUUUGGUAGAUUACCUAGUCCCUUUGACAAACAAGUGCAUCUUACCACUUUUGCGUUCAUGUCAAAUACAUGUCGCUGAGAAAGACGCAAGGGAGCAGACUGGACCAAACUUGUCCAAGAGUAUCGGUUCUGCACGUUAACCAAUAUCAGUCCUGUAAGGCUCCUUAAGAAGCGCAAACCUCGACCUAAGAGGCAUCUACGUUCAGGCUCUACAUUUAGGCUUAGUCAAACUUAGUUAGGGCGCAAACUUUACCUAUGAAAAACAUUGAUAGUCUAUUUGAGCUUAUCUUCACGAAGCUUGGAAUCUAACCUAAGGUUCGGCAACUCCUGCA